GUCUCAUCCGGUUUCUCACUGCCGGGAGAACAUUGUUGAUCAUUCGGAACGUUAGCUACUCACUCACUCACUCCCUGUGGUGUUGCUGCACCGUCUCGAUCAAGAAAAUCGCAUCGCAUCGGAUUCUCCUGGAAUUCCUCGCUGCAUGUGCGCUAGCUGGCAGGAGUGUACCAGAAGUCUAGUCCCGUGUACAUGUGUACUUUACCUUGCCGACUAACGUUACACACUCACACCAGACCGACAGACAGACUGUGGCGGAGACUGCGAGCGGACGACAGACCCCAAGUUAGGGUUGGGCAAGGACACGAAGUUGGCAACAUUUGUUUCCUAUCCAUUCUACACUGAUGUGGGUGUAUUAGUCUGAGUGACUGACAAGACCAUUGAAAAGAAACAGACAAGAUGAGUAGUACCAAGAAGAAAGCAGAAGGGCAAUCUAGGACCAUGGGCAAACUACGAACCAUGAAGUCAGGAAGCUCCAGAACAGACUCGGAGAGAGACUCUGGCUUCUCAGAUGCCAGCACCAUAGACCUGACAGAUUCUGAGGACUCAUCUCGCGCUGUGUCCAAGAGAGAGGCUCAGCGCCCUGCAUCGGGGUCUCAUCCCUCACAGCUAGCUGUGGUGGGGGGGUCCUACUCCAACAUGUCCCCCAUGAUCAUGAAAAAUGUCCUCCUAAAACAGCCCGGGAACAACCCUCCCUCUCAGAAGCCAUGGGGGUUCAGCCCAGCUGUGGAGAUGGUCCAGCAGCCUCAGGUGGUCUUCGUCCAGCCCGUUGUCUCCCCUGUGGUCUCCCACUGCACCACAUCCAACCCUAAGGAGGCCUCCUCCAAACGCCGGCGCCCCAAGAAGUAUCUUCCCAUCCUCAGGUCCUACCCGAAGAUCGCCCCUCACCCUAGAGACAGUUCAAGUUCCUCCGGGAGAGAAAGCUCUUGUUAUUUCCCCUCUUCUUCCCCCUCGGCCUCCAGCCACCGGGAACACCAUCACAACCACAGAAACAAACAUCAGAGGCACCAGUCUAGUAGUUUUAGCUGUGGUUCUUCUGGUUCCAGCACCCCCAGUCUCCCUCCUCCCUCUAGCGCCCUGUCCCCUUCUCCCCAGCAUAGGCUCACCCCCUCCCUCACAGACUCCAGUGCUUGCAGCAGCCCUGCAAGAUCCUCUCUCGCCGUCAGUAGAUCAGAGUUCUCCCCAGCCCCAUCCCCUGCCUUAACCGUAACCCCUUCAGACACCCUCACCUCUGAGGUCCCUGAGAAAACCAACACCCUCUCCCUCCCACAACCCACCGUCGCCACAACCAACGACAACAGCUGCUACGAUGACGGCAACCACGACGACAAUGGCGAUGACCAUAACAUAAAGCGCAAGCGUUUCUGCAACACGUACAACAUCCUGUCCAAGUCUGGCCUGCUGGAGAUCACCCUGAGUACCAAGGACCUGAUUCGUCAGAACCGCAGGACCCAGGUAGACCUGGACCGGCUCAAGGAGCACACCAACCUCUUCCUGCAGGCCCUGCAGACCGGAGAUACCAGCAUCUGGAGCAAGCUGCAGACCAGCCUCCAGGAAGAGCAGGAAGAGAAAGGCAGUGGGCAGCAGAGCAGCUUAAAGGCAGAUACAGAUUAGAUUUGAGUAAAAGCAGGGUUUCAUCUGUUAGACUGGGCAGAGACUGAGUUGAGGUGGGGGAGGCUGAGGCAGCUAGACUGGCAGUAAUAUGCCCAUAAUGAUCACACAGACAUAUACUCUGACCUACAUAGUAGCAGUAGUCUCUACUAGCAGUAUAUAUAUAUAUAUCUCUAUAUCUAUAUACUAUACUAUAGCCUGCCUGCCUUACCCCAGGCCAGGUUGGAUGGGAGGCUUCUGUACAAUAUGAAAUCGCUCUAUUCCCCAUAAACUGCACUACUGUGACUCUA